AUGAAUAGAAAAAUCUUGAUAUUCUUCGCAGCCUUUUGGAUUGAUCCUCUGCAAGCGGGUAUUGAAGCGGAUAUUACCAGUACUGUAAAGGAAAUUGAAGCUUUGGACUUGCAAACCAAGAUCCAGCAUUAUGUAAUGGUUGUAGAAAAUGAAGCCAAGAAGAGGGAACAAAAUCUGGAAAAGUUCUGUACACUCCUCGGUACUGAAGGCGUCUCAGUUGUUAUCGAUUUCACCUACCACUUUUGGCGUGAUGGCCUGGAGCUACUCAGAAACUAUCAAAUACCUGUUCUUCGAGUAGAGCGCAUAAUGGCGCCCUAUUUAAAAAUGUUUUCGCAAUUCGUAUUAGAAAAAUCUGGACAUGAAUGUAUAAUGAUCUUUCAAAAUGAAAAGGAAACCGAGGAAGCAAUCAUACAGGUUAUCGAAGGCUUUUCUUUUCGCACGCUCGUACUGCAUGCUUUCGAUGAAAGUGAUUUUGUGCAGAAGAUACGACAACUGCGACCAGCACCCACAUGUUAUGCCAUUUUUGCUGGCGGAACGGCGAUGAACAACAUUUUCGAGAGGAUCUCCGAAGGCAAGUUGUUCGAGCGACCACGUGAGUGGCACUUCAUUUAUUUAGAUCCACGCGAUCGUGUCUUUAAGUCCAAGAAGUUGGUAGAUGACGCUACAAAAUUUACGCUUAAUCCGAAGACACUCUGCCGUGCGCUGCGAAUGAAGGAUACUUAUUGUCUCAAGGGAUUUACGUUUCAAGGCGCCAUUUUAUUGGAAAUUUUACGCGGCCUAAUCGAGAUCAAACAAAGAAAUGUGUAUUGGCUGCAAUCCUAUAUGAUGGAAUGCAACGCCACGAGUCCCAAUGAGAAUGCAACAACGGGUUUUGAUAUUCUGGAACAAUUCCCACUGAGUGAUUUUAUAUAUUUUACAACAGAUUCGACGUUUCCGGAAGAUGAACUCGAACUGUUGCCACGUCUCACUUACUCACCUACAAUCAACAUAAAUCUCUACUCGAGCGAACACGAAACCGCCACGGAGUUAGCUAUUUGGCAAUAUGGUCAAUUGCGCAAAAUAAAUCAGACUUUAAGUCCGCCGCGACGUUUCUUUCGCAUAGGCACAGUAGAGGCCAUGCCAUGGAAUUAUAUGAAGCGCGAUCCAAACACAGACGAACUUGUACUCGACGCUUAUGGCAACCCCAUUUGGGAGGGCUUCUGUAUUGAUUCAAUUAAAAAGUUAGCAGAGCGUCUUAAUUUUGGCUACAUACUGGUACCACCGACUACGGGUGAGUUUGGUAGUUAUGACAAGUCCACGGGUAAAUGGGAUGGCAUUGUGGGCGACUUGACUACGGGCGAAACGGACUUCGCAGUCACCGCUUUGAAAAUGUAUGCCGAACGCGAGGAGGUCAUAGAUUAUAUAGCGCCAUAUUUUGAACAAACUGGCAUAUCGAUUGUGAUGCGUAAACCGGUGCGUCAGACGUCGCUCUUCAAGUUUAUGACAGUCUUACGUGUGGAGGUAUGGUUCAGUAUAAUCGCAGCGCUAGUUGGUAGUGCAUUUAUGAUUUGGUUGCUCGAAAAGAUUUCACCUUACAGCUAUAGAAACAAUCGUGCCGCCUAUCAGUACCUAUGCAGAGAAUUCACAUUGCGCGAGAGUUUCUGGUUCGCUCUAACCUCUUUUACGCCUCAGGGCGGUGGCGAGGCACCAAAGGCGGUUUCAGGACGUGUAAUGGUCGCUGCUUAUUGGCUCUUUGUUGUGCUGAUGUUAGCCACCUUCACUGCGAACUUGGCUGCCUUUCUAACUGUGGAACGUAUGCAAACGCCGGUGCAGUCUUUGGAGCAGUUAGCUCGGCAAUCGAGAAUCAAUUAUACCGUGGUCGAAGGAUCUAGUACACAUCAGUACUUUAUUAAUAUGAAAUUUGCCGAAGAUACUCUGUAUCGCAUGUGGAAGGAGUUGGUGCUGAAUGUGACGGAUGAUUUUCAAAGAUACAGAAUUUGGGAUUACCCCAUUAAAGAACAAUAUGGCACCAUAUUAUUAGCAAUCAAUGGAUCCGAGCCGGUUAAGGAUGCUAAAGAGGGCUUUCGUAAGGUGAACGAACAUGAAAAUGCCGAUUUUGCUUUUAUACACGAUUCAUCCGAAAUUAAAUAUGAAUUAACACGCAAUUGUAAUCUAACUGAAGUUGGCGAAGUGUUCGCUGAACAGCCCUAUGCCAUUGCAAUACAACAAGGAUCACAUUUUGCGGACGAAUUGAGCUAUGCAUUGCUGGAGUUACAGAAAGAUCGCUUUUUUGAAGAUCUCAAAGCGAAAUAUUGGAAUAUAUCACUCAUCAAAGCCUGUUCGGUGAAUGAGGAGCAGGAGGGCAUCUCACUGGAGAGUUUGGGUGGCGUCUUCAUAGCGACACUCUUCGGCCUAGGCUUAGCAAUGGUCACCUUGGUGUUGGAAAUUAUCUACUAUCGCCGCAAAUACGCCAUCAUGCAUCGCUUCAGUGAAGUAAUAAAGGUGAAACCGGCAUCCGCUUCAUCCACCAAACAACUCGUACCGAAGAUGAAUCCAUUAAAGAAACGCAUCGCUACUAUUUGGCAUACGGGUGAUAAUUCGCCAGAAUUGAAGACACCGCCACCGGCAUUCGAUGCCAUUAAGUUUCGCGGCAAGAAGAUACCGCCCAGCAUAACAUUGGGCGGGCACGAGUUCAAACCAAGGCGUUUGGGUGCACGCCAGCCGAGCGAAAGUUUGGAUGGCGCAGAAUAUGAGAAAAGAGGGUUACCACCAAAUCGCGAUGAUGAAUUGCCGCCAUAUACGGAGUGAAGU